GGGUAUGAGGUGGAGGGAGUACUUUCUUCCCAAAUCCAAAUCCAUUCCAUUCAUUUUGCUGUCUCUCUGUUUUCAACAAACGUCCACAACAACACAUUUCGCCGUUUCAAAUUACUACUUGACACCGUCUGAAGUCCUAAUUCACUAGGACGUUAGACCAGAGAUAGAAGAAGGGAGAGUGGAAAAUUUCGGAGGCAAGAGGGACGGCGCGGACGCUUUCUAGCGAUAGUUUUAAGUGUCGCUUCGCAAAUCGCCACAAAAAAACACGCGUGACGGGAGAGGUGCUCAUAUUUAGUGUCCAUCGUGUCUUGAAAAGGAUUGCUUCCAAAGGAAGAGAGUCUCGCGGUGUAGCGGCGCUAUUGACUACAUAGCUUAUAUCCAAAUGGCACCAAGAUGGAAAGGAAAAGAUGCAAAAGCUAAAAAGGAUGCACAAGCUGAAGCGCUCAAGGAACCCAUGUCAAAGAUUGUAUCUCAAAUUCAGUCUUCUCUAGUUCAAUCAGAUACUCGUGGAUUUCUCUCUGGUAGUAGUGUACACUUAGUAGUGGAAGCAGAACAACUUCAUUUGCUCGAUAAAGCAUGUUUUGGCUCACCUGUGAGAACAGUUGAAAAGGACAAACCCCGGUUUCAAUUAAGCUUUGAGGAGGCAUUCUACCUAUGCUAUUCCUUGAAAUGCCUUAAGAUUAAUAAUGACAGUGAUGAUACUAGUUCCCAAACCGAUGAAGAGCUGUGGCAUUACAUGAAGUCAAAGAAAGAAACAUUCCCCUGUUUCUACAAGGCUUAUUCCCACCUGAGAAUGAAAAACUGGGUAGUGAGGUCAGGAGCUCAGUAUGGUGCAGAUUUCGUUGUCUAUCGUCACCAUCCAGCUCGGGUCCAUUCGGAGUAUGGUGUGCUUGUUUUAUCAGAUGAGGAAGAUAAAGAUCUAAAUGGAAGGUUGAGAGUAUGGUCUGAUGUUCAUUGCACAACUCGACUUCUUGGAGGCGUUGCAAAAAUCUUAUUGGUUUUGUAUGUCAAUAGAAAUGGUGGCAGCAAUGAGUCUCCAUUAUGUUUGGCAAACUACACCGUUGAAGAGCGCACAAUCACCAGAUGGAAUCCAGAACAAUGCCGCGAAAAGAUGGUAGUUCAUGCUAAUUCUGAUAACGGAACUGGGUAAUACUUCAUCAUAUGGACACAACAAAAUAUAUCAAACAUGAAAAGAAAGGUAUUUUUUUAUUGUCUUUGUCCAAAGAUAUUAGUUAUUCAAGCAUAACAAUAUUCUUAAAGAUUUAUGCAUUUAUAAUAUUCUUAAGAUUUCAUUCCUUUUUUAUUUAAA